GCUUCUCGCUAGCUCAACUGACCCGAGCCUCUUGGCGUUCUUUGCUCGACGCGGGAGCCGCCUGCCUGCCUCUCUGCCUCCCUCUGCCUCUCUCUGCCCCCGUCUCCUCUUUGUCGCCUCUCCUCGCCUCCCAAUGCGCCUGGCGGAGAUGAUCAAGAAAAUGGGUCCCAGCGAGUCAGAGCUCAACAUCCCGGCCAAGAACUGCUACCGGAUGGUCAUCCUGGGCUCGUCCAAAGUGGGCAAGACGGCCAUCGUCUCCCGCUUCCUCACCGGCCGCUUCGAGGACCAAUACACGCCCACCAUCGAGGACUUCCACCGCAAGUUCUACAGCAUCCGCGGGGAAGUUUACCAGCUCGACAUCCUGGACACGUCGGGCAACCACCCCUUCCCGGCCAUGAGGCGCCUCUCCAUCCUCACAGGAGAUGUCUUUAUUCUUGUCUUCAGCCUGGACAACCGUGACUCCUUCGAGGAGGUCCAGCGCCUGAAGCAGCAGAUCUUGGAGACCAAGUCCUGCCUGAAGAACAAGACCAAGGAAAGCACUGACGUUCCCUUGGUCAUCUGUGGGAAUAAAGGCGACCGCGACUUCUACCGCGAGGUCGGCCCUCGAGAGAUCGAGCAGCUGGUGGGCCAGGACCCCAAGAAGUGUGCCUACUUUGAGAUCUCGGCCAAGAAGAACAGUACCUUGGACCAGAUGUUCCAGGCACUCUUUGCCAUGGCCAAGCUGCCUAGCGAGAUGAGCCCUGACCUUCACCGGAAGGUGUCCAUCCAGUACUGUGACCUUUUGCACAAGAAGGCACUCAAAAGCAAAAAGCUGUUGAAGGAAGGCUCUGGAGACAGCGGCGGGGAGGCCUAUGGCAUCGUGGCUCCCUUCGCCCGCCGGCCAAGCGUCCACAGCGACCUCAUGUACAUCAGGGAAAAAGCCGUCCGGGGUGGGCAAGUCAAGGACAAAGAACGCUGUGUGAUCAGCUAAGACUCCCCUGCCGCGAAGACCUUCCCGGCUGAGAUGGGAAGGCUCUUGUUUACUGUCAAAAUGCUUGCCAGCCUGUGCGGUCAGGUGGCCUCUCUGCCAAGGGUGGCCUCUCCCACGUCAAAGGGCACAAUACCUCCUAGCUCUUUUCUGGGGACUUGUUUCCAGCUGCUCCCCUUGAUUUUUUCAUUAAUUUUUGGAGGAGGAGGUCAAGAUUUGCCAGUGGGGGCUCCCUGGCCAACGGACAGACUUGAGAGCAGAAUGGAGAGAGAGACUAAAAGAAAGAGGGGGGCAAAAAAACUUUGGAGGAAGGAGAGAUUCCCCCCCUCGUUGUCUCUCUGCAUUGUAUUUUGUCUUUAAAAGACUUUGGGUUUUUCAAGGGGUGGUGGGAAACAGCCAAUAAAGGACUGUGAAGGGUCUCUCAAGGUUGUGUAUAUGAACUUUCUGUGUGCCCUCGUCGUAGGGCACAUCACGAAGAAUCUACAUUUGCUGCUGAAAAUGCCUGCCAGGACAUUGCCUUGCCUUUCCCCCCCCCCGCCCCUUUCCUGCCUCAGUUGUGGGAAUACAAGGGGCUGGUUGUGUGUGUGAAGCUGUUGGACAACGUCUCCUGUUUACAUUGGCCUUUCUCUGUCUUGAUUGUUGUUCAUGUUUUGCAAGAAGAGAAAAUUGCAUUCAAGCAAACAGGCACUUUACAUGUAGAGGUCUCUGGUCCAUGGACAUGAACAAAACCUUAGCGAAGUGUUUCUACAAUGUGUGAUGCUGGUUCAUUUUUUUGUUUUGGUUUGUUAAUAAUUUUUUCUACAAAAAUAAAACUUUUGAAAAUAACAA